AUGGUUGCAGAAACAAAACUAUACGAUGCGCUCGGGAUCAAGCCCGAUGCUGCGCAGGACGACAUCAAAAAGGCCUACCGCAAGGCUGCAUUGAAAUACCAUCCGGAUAAGAACAAGGAUGAUGCCAAAGCUGCGGAUAAGUUUAAAGAGGUUUCCCAAGCCUACGAAGUCCUCUCCGACCCAGAAAAACGCAAAGUCUACGACCAAUUCGGCCUCGAAUACCUCCUCCGCGGCGGUCCCCCACCAACAUCCGGCGGCGGCGGCGGCGCCAACCCCUUCGAAGGGGGAGGCGGAAUGCCCGGUGGAUUCUCCUUCGGCGGCAUGCCCAGCGGCGGCACACGCACAUUCCACUUCUCGACGCGACCUGGCGGCGGCGGUAGCAGCGGCUUCCAGUUCAGUUCCGCCGAUGAUAUCUUCCGGAACUUCGCCAAGGGCGCUGGUGGCGGAAUGGGCUUCGGGGAAGACGAAGACCUCUUUUCCAUGCUCGGCGGCGGUCUAGGUGGUGGGCGCAGCGGGGGUCCGCGGUUCCGCAGCACCCGUGGGACGAGCGGUGGUGCUGGGACCGGCUUCCCACGACAGUCUUCACAGCGGGCGCCGACGCCUGAGCCGACCGUUAUCGAGAAGCAGUUGCCGUUGACGCUGGAGGAGAUCAUGAGCGGGUGCACGAAAAAGGUUACCGUCAAGAGCAAGACGUUUGAUGCGAGUGGGAAGCGCACCGUGCAGGAUGUUACGCUCGAAGCGAAUAUUAAGCCUGGGUUGCGGACGGGCUCGAAAAUCAAGUACCGCGGUGUUGGAGACCAGGAGGAAGGUGGGCGGCAGGACGUGCAUCUCAUUGUGACGGAGAAAGAGCACCCCAAUUUCAAGCGCCACGGCGACAACCUCAUCACGACUGUCGACCUCUCCCUCAAGGAAGCCCUAACAGGCUGGAACCGCAUCGUACGCACCAUCGACGGCAAAUCAAUCAAGGUUGCGAAGCCCGGGCCCACGCCGCCCGGCUACGAGGAGAGAUUCCCUGGUCUCGGCAUGACGAUCUCGAAAAAGCCCAGCGAACGUGGCGAUCUUCUUGUGCGCGUUAAUGUCGAAUUCCCGAAGACGCUGUCGAGCAAUGCCAAGGAGGUGCUGAAGGAUGUUCUUCCUUGA